GUUUGUUUACGUCACAUGUCACGUAUGUCACUUCGAUGACACUUUUUUGACACUUUCGUCACGUUCACGAGUUGUUAAAUAUUUAAAAAUAUAUUCUUACAAUGCCUGAUUGUAGUGAAAAUUAUGAGAAAGAAAUUUCCGAUGGGAAGAAUGCAAGAAAUAUUAAAUGUAAAUAUUGCAACUCUGUUAUCUUGACUCCAUCGACAGCAGCUUUCACUAGUUUUGAGUUUCAGUUGCCACUAAUCAGACAAUCCAAAAUUAAUGAACAGAAUCCAGAGACUGAAAAUGUUUCACUUUUUUGGGCUGUGACUGACAUGUUUACUUUUCAAAAUGUGGGCUUUUCUAAUACAGUAGGUAAUAAUAAAUAUCUCACGUGUGCUGAUUGCGAAGCAGGGCCGAUAGGGUAUCAUGAUUUAUCCAAUAAAAUGAGUUAUGUUGCACUGAGUAGAGUAAUCCACAGCUAGACAGGAAAUGUUAAUAUUUUAUACAGUCAUAUUUGGUUUAUUUUAAUCUAGCAUUGGACUAGAAAAAAAAUCCAUUGGAUUUUUCUAAGGAAAUGUGAUAUUUGUGUCAUAUGUAAUUGGUACACACUUAAAUUGUAUGUUAUUAUAAAAUUAAGGGUGUGAUAACAUCUAUGAGUUCCAGCCAUUAAUUUGACAGCAGACACAAAAAAAAAAGACUGAGUCAAUAACAGGAAUAUGUACAAAAUGAAACCAACACUUCAUUUAGUUCUUGGUGGCACUGUGAAAUAGUGACAAAGCAUAUACCCAUAUCUGAGGCUAAAAACCACAGCUAAAAAUUGUUUUUAAUUUAUAUCAAUUCGAAAUUGAAAAUCAUAAUUUUUAACCAAUACUAAUAAAAGUUGAUUUGUAGACUUUAAUUUUUCUAAAUACAACCCUGUGUCCACAAGGAGCUGAGGCCGGUUUUUAUAAGUUGUGGUUGUGUCAAGGUCACAAAAAGUUGCUGAAACAAAAAGAUUGAUAUUUUAGCCAAGUGUCGGUUCUGGUUUGUAUAUAUUCCUUGGUCAAUAAUGCCAGUCAAUACAUACUUCUAGUAGGUACCUAUAUUAAGUAUCUAUUUUAAAUUUAAAAAUUGUAUAACUAAUAUUUUGAUAUUUCUUGUCCUGUUAAUAAAAUGUUGACAUGGCAAAGUCAGAAUGUCAUAUCUCAGAACAUAUUUUCAGUAAACACAUCACUGUUACAUUAUUACCUCAAGUACAUUGUUUGAUGAAUAUUAGUAUGUAUUAUAUUCACGUAAUUCAGACACUAAAGACUGAGAUACGAGGUUUUAACUUUAAGUUGGCAAUAUUAAAAAAUGGUAUGGUUCUGUUCACCUUUUUUGCUGUGCUCAUCAUCACUAUCACAUGAAAUAAGUAAACAGACAGCUUUAGUUAUCAGUAUCAUCUAAUUAAACAUUUCAAUUCGUUACCAUUUGCUCAAAGUAUACUAUCUCACUGUUCUUGAUUAAUAGCAGAUUUUCAGAAUUUUUUUAUAAAAUUUAUGUGUGAUGCCACUGAGAGUCAACCUUCAUGAUCUGACACUCACAAGCUAAAGUGCAGAAAUCACUCACACAUGUACCUGGAAAUUGUUCACAGAAUGGUGAGAUAUAAACAUAGGUCUGACAGUUCAAUAAAAAAUGUUAAAUCAUAAAAGUGGAAAAUAUGUAUAACCUUAAGAGAUUCACAUAGUAGCCAGGCACAUGUCAAAAAUGCUGAGAAGGACCAUAAUAUCCAACUAACACUUAUCAUUUUAUUUAAUGGUCAUAUUAUGGGGGUUUGGUUCUAAAAAUAUUUAUAAACAAUCAAAAAUAAUAAAACUGCAACUUAUUUAAAACUAAAUACC